AAAUAACUAAAACGACACUGUUCAUCCAAGUCACAGUGAAAGCUAUACUGUGUCCGUGUCCAAGUUGCAAUGAUGUUGAAUUCGAUAUUUACUUUACUUCCAUUCAUAGAUCAGAAGUGUUUCCCUUCAAAUUGUGUAUUAAAAAAUAAAUUAAUAGGGGUUCGAGUGGGCUACAGAAAAUUUAUUCGCGAGCUACAUUUUAAAGUGAUUGAAAACGUCAUAGGUUUAUACACCAUCUACUUUAUCUUUCACUUCAAAAAAUGUAAAUCAAUUGUAACGUAUAUGUGGAAGAUUCCUAAAACUCCGAAGGAAAUUUUGUUGUACGGAUCUUAGUUUUAGAGUUAUUGCCUGCUAGAUGGCGACUCAAUAGGUUACCUUUCAGAAAAUUAACUACGAAAAUUUUAGUUUGCUUAUCAAGUAACUAUAUGAACAAGAAAGAGAUAGAUACUGGGACGUAUGUCGUUAAUAAUAGCAUUUCUUUGAACUUGAUUUCAGCUGGCAUCUUUGACUCAUGUUUGAUAGUUGUAGUGUCCGCCAUUGUUGUGUUGUGAGUGGCCAUAUUUGUUCAACCAUCUUUUAUAAACAAAAUAGCAGCCAUAGUUAUGGCGGACCAUCAAAACAUCAUGUGCGAGGUGGAAAUUCAACCGGAUAUACAAGAAUGCGUUGAAAUUGAGACUAUACCAGUGGAUAUGAACGAUACUUGCGAGACAAUCGUAGAAUGUGGCGAACCUAUGAUGUCAAUGCAAUCUUUAGAAGGCAGAGAUAUUAUUUUAGAAGCACAAGAAGAAAUAAUAGACGAUUCUGGCGAUCCCUUGAAUUUGUACGAUGUCCCUGUCCCGGAUUCUUCUGACUUAUAUGUCGAAUCUUCUCCAGGUCCAUCUAAAAGGAAAAAAAACCUCAAAAAUCGGGCGAUUCUUUCUCGUCGUGAAAACGAAAUUCUUUUGAGCGAAAUGCAUGUUGAAACUAAACCCAGAAAAUGGGAACAAAAACAAGUUCAAAUUAAAACGAUGGAAGGAGAGUUUUCUGUUACCAUGUGGGCCUCGGGUACUAGUGAUGAUGAGGGAUCAAAUCCUGAACCAGAUCCAGAUUAUACAGAAUACAUGACUGGUAAAAAACUUCCUGCAGACGGAAUACCAGGUUUAGAUUUAUCUGAUCCUAAGCAGUUGGCUGAAUUUGCAAGACCAGGACUGAAGAGUCCUCGAGUACGUAGGCCAAAUCAGGAUAAUGUGGAUAGAACAAUUGCUUGUCCGCAUAAGGGUUGUAAUAAGAUGUUCCGUGAUAAUUCUGCAAUGCGGAAGCACUUACAUACACAUGGUCCUCGAGUACAUGUCUGUGCUGAAUGUGGAAAGGCAUUUGUUGAAUCUAGUAAGCUUAAGCGCCAUCAAUUAGUUCAUACUGGGGAGAAGCCAUUCCAAUGUACAUUCGAAGGCUGUGGAAAGAGAUUCAGUUUAGAUUUCAAUCUUAGGACUCAUGUGAGAAUACACACAGGUGAUCGACCAUAUGUAUGUCCCUUUGAUGGGUGCAAUAAAAAAUUUGCCCAAUCUACCAACCUCAAGAGUCAUAUUUUAACACAUGCAAAAGCAAAAUCCAGGAAUAAUAUGCAACGCACAUCCAAUAGUUUACAGAUGAUACAACCCCCAUUUGUACAAGUUGAGGUAGCUGACCCAGAUUACAUAGUCUACACCGAUUAAUAGAGGUACAUUUUCCUGUAAAUAUUGGACAAAUAUAUUCAAGUAUGAAGAUUGCCAGCGGUUAUGUUGUUAUCUGUUCACAUAUAUUUGUGACUGUGAAGUGAUCAGUUCUUAACCACUCAUUUAUUGGAAAGGGCUGAUUGAAAUUACUCUACUUCAAUGGUUCUGAAAAGUUUAUUCAGCUGUGAAAAUUCUUGUAAAAAUUAUUUAACUUAAGACUGUUUCCAAUGGGGUGCAAGAAGACAGUAUAUGUAGGAGAACUGAUAGAAAAACACCGUCGACUGAUAGGAAAAGCGAUCCUCAUAGUGACACAAGAAUUGAAAAUUGAUGAAGUAUUGGAAUAAACUCAAGCAAGCCUGAUUGCCUCUCUGUCGGCGCUCGUGAAAAAUGCAUAUAUUUGUGAUUCUUUUUCAGAUUUUUCCUGAAUCAUAUGACGAAUUGAAUGACUUUUUAUGAAUAUGAUUAUUUAUUGCCACAUCACGAAUUUUUUGAACAUUUCCUUAAAUAUUUGUAGAAUAAUUGAAAGGAUGAAUUGUCAAUACAAGCAUAUUUUGGCAAAUAUAUUAACUGCUGGUAAGGA